ACAAUCGCUUUCCUAUGUAUCACGUUACAGUGUGAAGCAGUGGCGGCGGACUCGUCACAUAUGCGACCGGAUUUUAUCGUCCAGUGCUCAUCGUUCCGGUAGCAUGUGUAAGCAGAAAACACAAAAAUUUUAACAAUAACUUAUAGAAUCCUUGGAAAUAUCAGUGUGUUGUGAAAAGGAAUUUGCAGUGCUCGUAAAAAUGUUUUGUGCGAUGUUAAUUUAAAUUUGUGCAUAAAUAAAAAAAUGGGAAAAUCAUCGAGCAAAUUAAAACACAAACGUAGUGGGUCUAAUCUCACCUGGCCCCGAUUUGGUUCCCGAUUGUCUCUAAAACAUUUUCGCCACGAUACCGCCCAACAUAACGAUUACAUUACUCGAGCAAUCGAUGCAACCAACACGGAAAUAAACGCGAACAAACGAAAACAUCUCGAUAUUAAACAGUGGUUGAAAAUACUCGAUUUAGAACAUUAUGAAGAUCACUUCGAGAAAUUUAGUGGGGUCGAAGAUCUCUUGGAAUUUUCCGAAGCCGAUAUUAAAGAGUUGGGCGUAAAAAAAUCUUCUCAUCGGGCGUUAAUGAUGAGCAGUAUAACCGCCUUAAAAGCAAAAUAUCACGACUUAAGACGGGACCAUUUCAUACGACAUAGCGUUGCGGUUGAUACGCGAAAGAAAAUCCAACAAGAUGAUUCAAUAUCCGACAUCAAAACUGUUUAUGAGGCGAUUCAAACAAAAAGUUUGAACAAUUUAAUAAUGGAGCCUUGUGCAGAUCCGUCCAUGGAUACAGCCGCAUUAAAAAAAGCUUUAGAAUGGGAAUUAUCGUUAGACGGCCGAGACAUCCGUUCGCAUGCUUGGUAUCAUGGUGCGAUUCCAAGAUCACGAGCAGAAGAAAUCGUUCGGGAGGAAGGUGGCUUUUUGGUACGCGAUUGCACCUCUCAACCAGGAAACUACGUCCUCACUUGUAGGACCAAACUUCAACCAUUACAUUUUGUCAUAAAAAAAACAAUUCUCCAACCAGAAACUGUUUACGAACGAGUACAAUAUCAAUUUGAGGAUGAUCCAUUCGAUACCGUUCCCGAUUUGAUCACUUCUUAUGUUGGUUCGGGUAAACCAAUUACGGCAGCGUCCGGCGCUAGAAUUCAAUUUCCAAAAAAUCGGAUGUAUCCUUUAUCGUUUUAUGCAUCGAAAUAUCCCGCUCCUAUUCAACAUCAAAAUCGAUUGAUUUCGCCGAGUACACCCGGAUGUGGCGGUUUAAGAUAUAAUCCAAUGCAACAUUCGCAUUCGCCAACGAGAUUAUCAAAUCCUUCGCCACCUAAAUUACCGUCAAAAAAGCAAAGAUCACAAUCUUUAACACCAUCUGAAGUUAAUCGUAUUGCUCAAGAAAAAUGUUACAGUGCGGAUGGUGUGAUUCAACCGGUUAUGACAAGAUCGGUUGGUUCCGAUACAAUAAAUAAUUUAAAUUAUAAAUUUGCUUCUUUACCAAGAACUUCUUGUACUCGUCUUUCAAUUUCACCAAGUACAGGAACUUUAGGUAGACAUAUUCGUUUAUGUAGUGAUACCUCUUUGUGUGAGGAUGAAACGCCCGAAUCACCACCACCGAAACCAUCAAGAUUUCCAAGAGAUUGCGAAACAAUUCUAGAUAAAACCAGUUUAGAUGGAAAUUUCCAUGGUUAUUUACAAAGGGUUACCUCUUAUCACGCGUCCGGUUCUGAUUCAGGAAAUGGAUCCGGCGAUUCAGCUUUGAGUUCAGCAGCUGGUGAUUCGAUUGAGUUAACAUCAACCCAUAGAAAUUCAGGCGUGAUUAUUAAAAAUCCUCGUUAUAAUUUGGCCACAUCCGAAUCGACGACAACGUUAAAAAAUUUUGAUUUUGAUUACGUCGCCGCCGAAGAAAAAUUACUUCAAUUAGAACAACUCGAGUUGGAUGUCGCAUCAAAAUUCGAUUUGGAAAGCUUUUAUACUUUAUUACUUCCGAUAGCCGAUAAUAAACCGUUAGAUAGCGAUGCGUUGAUUAAAAUUAAGUUGAUUUUGAAAGAUAACGGAUCGAGGAUAUUAGCUAAUCACUUAACUAGAAUUGAUUUGGAUUUAAUUUUCGAUGGAUAUAAAAAUGAACAAAGCUCAAAAUUUGGUAGCGGGAUUGAAUUGUGUACUUUACCGCAUGGUAGACAGUUUAGAUUGGAUUUAUUGGAAAGAACUGAAUGUCUUAAAUUACUAGUAGCUGUAACCAUUUUAACAUGUCCCGAUGAAAAUGAAAGAGCCGAAAUGUUAAAUAAAUGGAUUGAGGUUGCGAUUGAUACAAAAACAGCCCUCGGAAAUUUGUACGGAUUUUGUGGAAUAAUGUUAGGGUUAUGUUCCCCACAAGUGGAAAGAUUAAAUUCAACUUGGCACCUUCUCCGUCAAAAACACACCGAUUCGGCUUUCAAUUUUGAAUCAAAACUACGCCCAACAUUAAAAUCAAUGAAUAGUUGCUCAAACCCUCAAGCGCCUAACACAACAAUUCCACAUCUCAUCCCAUAUAUUUUAUUGAUUGAACGCAAUCUCGAAGAUUUCAUCACCCCCAAUUGUCAUAAUUUUUUAACGGCGAAUUGUUUAACCGCUUGGGAAGUGAAUAGUCACGAUUUUGGACUUAGUAUUUUGUUGGCGCACUUAGAUAGUGCUCGAAAAUUCGUUAAUUUGUGUAACACGUUUCAUAGAAACGCCGAAAUCGUGCUUGGUGAAGCUCGAAUGGACGAUUUAACACUUGAAAUGUUCAGAACGGAAUUUCAAUUAAAAUUUUUAUGGGGAAGUAGAGGUGCUUAUUCACCACCUCUCGAGAGACAUUCAAAAUUUGAACAAUUACUCGAGGUUAUCGCAGAUAAAUAUUGUAAUAAUGGUCAGCAAGGUGUUGAAGUGUAGCUACAUUUUAGAAAUUAACAUAAUUCACUACAUAUCAAAGCAUAAGAAAUACUUGCAGGAAUAAAAAUAACGAAACAACACCAAAUAAUUAAAAGAUCAUUUUUGGAUAUAUUUAAAAAUGUAAGCUUAAAUGCUGCUCGAUUUAACCCUACAAUGCUUUACCGUUGUUUAUAAGCGCAUUUAGAAGAGGCUCAACACCACCAUCAUUAUUAGUUAAUCAAGUAAUUACAUAAUGAUGGCUUACAAAUUUGUUGUUAAAGGGUUAAAUGUAAAAAGGUGCUUGAAUACGAAAUAGCAUCAAAAAAAUAAGAAAUGUUUAAUCAAAAAUACUUUGAUUUAGGUA